GAUGCGAUAAUAUUACAACCGGACCUAACUUCAAUCGGUCACGUGAUGUUACUUCGCUGUAGAAUUUGAUAAUUUUUCUUCUCUCACAGUGUAUUAUUUUUCUACAAUAGGUGUCUACAGAAAGCCAUCAACAUGAAGAUCGGAUUGUGCGCGUACAGCGGGUACAAAAUCUACCCCGGACAUGGCAAGACCAUGGUGAAAGCCGACGGAAAGACUUUCACGUUCCUCAAUUCAAAAUGCGAGCGCGCUCACCUAAUGAAGAGGAACCCCCGUAAGGUGACAUGGACGAUAUUGUACAGGCGGAAGCACCGCAAGGGUCAGGAAGAAGAGACCGCGAAAAAGAAGACCAGGAGGACUCAUAAAUUCCAACGUGCAGUUGUCGGCGCAUCGCUGUCCGACAUUAUCGCCAAGAGGAAUAUGAAACCCGAAAUGAGGAAGGCCCAAAGAGAUAUUGCAAUUAAGGCUGCAAAGGAUCAAAAAAAGGCUGCUAAAGCGGCAAAGAAGCCUCCUCCACCGCCUCCGACCAAAACGAAGAAACAACCUAAGAAAGUACAAGGAAAGGUACAGCAAAAGGCUGCUCCUCGCGUUGGUGGAAAACGAUAAGUUACUGUAUUUAUACUUAUUAAUAAAAAAAUUUGACGAAAA